GAGCCCUCCAUUUAGACAGAAGAGAAGACGUUAGAAAGAAGCGUUUAUUCGUGCGAAUAAAAAAACGGCAUAAGCUUUCCUAUUGGUUGGCGUAUCGCUUUUGGUAUUGGGGUACAUUUUCAUAUAACCUCUCAGGUCCAACAAUGUGAAUCAAGCUACUUUGCAACACACUAAAACAAAUGAGAAGCUGAUGGAUAUGAUAAAUCAUGUUACUUUAACAUGACGAGUCGCCAUCUUCCUCACAUUCGCAUAGCCUUAAAGAUACCAUAGCAAAUCAACUAUAAAACCAGCGGCAAUGCAUCAGGGCGGAGCAGAAAACUGGUGGCAUAGAAAUCAUCUGGAGGGAUGGCGAUUCCCUAAAAUGCCAAUCAAGAGGGAAUUAAUCUAUCGCAUCUUCCGAGCCGCGUAUCCCCAUGGCGCAUUUGUCGACGACAACCUCAAGAUGGUAGAGCUGCGAGACAAGGAGGAAGUCUGGCAAAACCUAAAAGCCGAGAUCGACACCGCGCGCGCCGACCUCGGGUUGCUCAUCUUCAGCACACACGAGACACACGGGAUGUCCCCGAAAGACAUAGCCGCGUUUAGGAACUACUACACUCUGGUGCUGGACGAUGCAGAGGGUUCGCUAUUUAGGUCGCAGAACGGACGAUAUCUCGAAUUCAGAUGCAUGGAGGAGCUGCUCGUGCGAUACAAGAUGAACUACAGGAAUAUGUGGAAGUUGCAGUCUUUCAGUCCGAGUUUCGUCAUUCCCCCGGCCGGAGGAUAUAGAUACGCGGCGGAUGCUUUGGAAGUGAAGGCAGGCUCUGACUUGCAUUUUCUGACGGUCAAUUAUUCGAAGUUGGGAGGAGAUGUGCGGUUCCCGGUUCCGUGAAAGGGGUGAUGCAUACCGCAAGGGUUGUGGGAUAUAAAUAGGGGUUGCUAGGGGGCGAGAGCCUGGUGUUGAUAUUUUAAUUAUUAAUAGCUAAUUAAAACUCUGCAAUAUGACUGUA